AUGGCCGCUCAGAACAAUGGUGUUUACAGUUACCGCGGUAGUUAUCGAAUUCCAUCAAACCUUAGUAAAAAUGUGGACAAAUUGGAGAUCUCAUCAGCGGAUGAAAAAACGAAUUCGACUCCACACAACAUAACAUACAUUGACAAAUCAGAAAAUCUGAUUCGACUACCAACAAUGAAAAAAUACUACGACGACAAGAAAUCGAUAAGAAAAUCACAAAAGAAAUCACCAAAACGGACUAUACAGAAGAUAAUAAAGAAGAACAGGGCUAAAAUAAGGAAGUUGUAUGUCAUGAAGAUGACGAGCGAUUCAACCAUGGUCCCGAAGUCGUACGAAAACGCUCAAGAUGAUUAUUCGCCAAGAAGGGAUGAAACGACAACGCCGUCCAACCAGAGAAAGAGAAUGAAGAAGUACAACAAUAAACUGCCACGGUACCCGAUGCCUUUCCACCAAAUGCAUAAGAACUUCAAGAGAGACAAGAGACAAGCAAGAGAUCUGUUCAUUUUGAAAGAUUUUGACGAAGUCAAAUUCUUGAAGGAAAAGAAUGAUUACAAUGUAGUUAGUGCUCAUUUUAAGAAGUAUUGGUAG